CAUACAUCAAUUUCGCUAUCGUUUGCGCAAACAAAUUAUCCAGAUAACAAAUGUCCGAGCAAGCCCCAGACAGAAACGCUACUCAGGAGGAGCGCAGGGCGGCCGAGCAGAUUAUUGUAACCAAAGCUUAUGUCGAUAAUCCCGAACUACUACCGUGGUAUACGAAAGAUAUAGAAGAGCCCAAACCUGCCGUCAGGGACUUGUUUGAGAGCUACAGCAAGGUACCCUCGACUGAUGUCGUAACGCACAUCAAGCAUGUCAGGGAUGAGGCUUUCAAGAUAUUUCCUUACCCAUGUUUGGGUAAUUGGGGCUUCCUCAACUUCUCAAUCGGAGUAGGGCCGGCUUACCAGGAAGUCGUCAGGCGUCUCAAGGAUGGAGAGCAAUUCCUCGACCUCGGAUGCUGCAUGGGUCAGGACAUCCGCAAGCUGGUUCAUGACGGCGUCCCGUCAACAAACACAUAUGCGUCGGAUAUCAAGAAGAACUUUUGGGACCUAGGCUAUGACAUGUUCCUCGACAAGUCGACUUUAAAGACACAGUUUCUUGAAGCCGACAUCUUUGACGCCGACUCCCAAUUGAAGCAGCUGGAUGGAAAGAUUGACAUCAUCAACGCGGCUGCUCUAUUCCAUCUUUUCGACUGGGAUGAACAGUUCAAGGCAGCAAAACGUAUUGUUCAGCUCUUGAAGCCAGUGCCCAACGCUCUGAUCGUUGGGCGGCAAGGAGGUCAGCCCAAAGCGGGCGCCUUCUCACAUAUCAUCAUGGAUCAGGCUGCUUUCUGGCACAACCCCGAGUCAUGGAGGGAUAUGUGGAAAAAAGUUGGUGAGGAGACUGGGACUGAAUGGAAAGUCGAUGCUGUACUUGGUGAAGAAGAUUUGUCAAAGAGGAUGAAGACCAGGCUUGUGCCUCCUGGGACAAGAUACAUGACAUUUACCAUUCGAAGAGUCUAAGAUAGCCAUGUAGCUGAAAAAAUGGUUUUACGAUAUCAAUCCCAAUCAGCAUGCCAUGUUACCCGCAAAUUGGG